CAAACGCGUCACAAUAAUAGCGGGAGUUCAGAAUCAUUGAACUUGUUUGUUUGUAUUUGUUUAUAUUUUUUUAAAGCACAAUACAGUAAGAGAUGUCUCUCUCGAAAAUAAUAGCAAAGUUUUCAAGAAACUCUGUCUCUACCGUUUAUGUUAACAACUUUGAAAGUCCCGUCGGCCAAGUUACCGCUGCAGCUGACGAUGAUUUUUUAUACAUCGUUACUUUUGAGGAUUCAAAAAACUUUGAAAAGCAUUUUGAUACUCUAGCAAAAGAAUUAUCAUGCAAAUAUAUCGAAAGUCAAAACAAAGUGUUACAGAAAUUUGAAAAAGAAUUUACAGAUUAUAUUGAUGGUAAACUGAAGAAUUUUACAGUGCCCAUUAAAACACAUGGUUCAGACUUUCAAAAGGACGUAUGGAAUAAACUUCUGGAACUGCCGUAUGGAUCAACACAAACGUAUGGUGAUUUAGCGAAAGCUUUGGGUCGGCCGCCGAGCCAUUCUCGAGCUGUCGGGGCAGCCUGUGGCGCUAACGCCUUGUUGGUAGUAGUGCCUUGUCACAGACUCAUCGCAUCAGGAUCUAAAGGCGGAGGCUAUGAUGCUGGUGUAGACAGGAAAGACAAACUUAUUCAACUUGAAAAAUCAAAUUCAUAAUGGGGUUUUUGGUGUUCAAAACUCCUCAUGUCAUAAAAAUGAUGUGAUUUCUGUGAUAGGACUAGAAUAAGCUUCAUCAAGAGUAAUUUAAUGCACUUGCAUAUGUAAUACACAUAAAAAAGUUUGAUACUCAGUCUCUCCCAGCUACCACUGAAGUGGUUGGUUCAUUUAAAGGCAACUAAAAAGGUCAAAAACGGUGUAAUGUAAAGGUAGUUUGUAAAUGUAAGUAACACAAAAAAGAGUUCAAUUAACAAAUAAAAAUAUCAUGUAUUUCAAUUCACACUUUGUAACAAUAUUAUGGUGUAAGUCACCACCACGGAAGCUAUAGAAACUAAAAGCGAGAAGUUCAAUGUGAAGAAACCAGCCAUGUUGAAGCAAAUGGGGCGAUCUUGUAAUAAUGACUGUAAGUCCUGUAUUGCUGACCGCAGGGUUAGAUCUGUUUACAAAAAAAUAAACUUAUAAUCAUUUCGAGUUCAGUACCUUAGUAAUUGGUAGGUAAAGGUAUUGCAUAUAUUGAAAAUGCUAAAACCAUAGCAGGCUGUUUGCUGACCACAUUAUGUACAUUCCUACCGAAUUUCAGAGUGUGUGGAAGAUAGCAUGGGCGUAGCGAGGUACGGGCAGGGAGGGGCAGCUGCCCCCCCCUGAGCGGGAUGCGGGUCGAGCGAGCGAGAGCCGCGAGAGGCGAGGCAUUAGACAUGGGCAAAAUGUGUCAUUGAAAAGAAAAGAUAGAUAUGCAUCUUUCAAUCACUGGGAUAUGAAUCACUCUUUCAGGUACCUUUUGUCAUGAAACACACAUGACAUAUUAUUUUUGUAUUUAUCAAGAAACAAAAAGUUAAGUACGUUUGGGCUAAGUUUUACGUAAUAUUUGGUUUAAGUCCGAUAAAAAUUUCACGCUCGCUUCGCUCGCGUAUUCAGAAACUAUAUGCAUUUAUUUUUGCAUUUGUCAACAAACAAAAAGAUACGUACGUUUGGGCUAAAUUUUACGUAAUACCUAUUUGGUUUAAGUCCGAUAAAAAUUUCGCGCUCGCUUCGCUCGCGUAUUCAGAGAUUAUAUGCCCUUACUUUUGGCAUUUGUCGUGUGUGUGAUUGUUUAUUUUCUGUACCUGAAAAUAUAUACCUCUCAAAUUAAGGGAUUAACAAGUUUGAGAUUAACGGCUCAAGAUACAAAAAAUCGGAGGGCCCUCGCCUUCCCCCGGGGGAUAGGUUGACUGCUGCCCCACCCUGAGGCCAAAGCUGGCUACGCCCAUGGAAGAUAGUCAAUUUCUUGCAGAGUAGAUGUCUUGCUUAAAAGGUCUUUGCAGCCAAGCAAGUCAAAAUAGGUUGUCUUUACUGUUUGUACUGUAAAGAGAAACAUUAUGUAGAUUAUGUUUAUACUAUAGCUAUUUAACUACGAUUUUUUUUAUCGACUUUAUCGACUAUCGGGAGCUUUUUAGUUAUGCCACAAUAAAAACAGAAAAACCAGAGAAAGGAUCAUAAUCUUCGCACUCGCAUUCAUACACGCUCUUACUCGACAACUCACCACCGUUAAGGGUCUAGCCAGCGAACGUCCGUGUAUAGUUAUCGGCACGGAUAAUGAGCUCUCGGCGGAAGAGUGGGGAUCGCUUUGCGCACUGUACACUUAAGGCAAUAAAUCACUUCUGCGCAGGUGAAGGUCAGGGCUCAAUAUCCUUGCCGGUGAUUACAACCUCGUGUACGCGCUAGAUUUUAUUGCAGCACCGUAAACGCUCAUAGAUACGAUCGGAAAACUAGUUUAAACUCGCACUUAUUUAAAACAAAAGUAAUGGACGAUCUACUUACCAGGAUU